AUGAAGCUUCCUCACUUCCUCCAGGAAGCCGGGGAGAGCGCCUCGCAGGACCCGGCAGACGGCCUCCGGCUGUCGCUAGCUACAGACACUGUGUUCCAGACGCACAUCGCGCCCGGCGCUGUGCGUGGACUGGCCGCCGCGCUCCCCCGGCCGCGCUUCCCUCGGGCCGGAGCGGCGGCGCGAGCGCGUCCGCGGGGCUGGGCCGCCGCCGGGAGCCGCCGCUGUCGCCGCUGUCGCCGCUGUCGCCGGGCCGGGCCGCGCGCGGGGGCGGGGAUGGCGGGCGCGGGCCGCGCGGUGCCGGUGCAGCUGCGGCGCGAGCGGCGCCUGGUGUGCGUGGAGUACCCGGGCGCGGUGCGCGACGUGCCCCGCGUGCUGCGCUCGCUGGGCGGCGAGGAGGCCGUGUCCCGGGUCUACGCGGACCCCUCCAAGAGGCUGGAGCUGUACUUCCGGCCCCAGGACCCUUACUGCCACCCCCUGUGUGCCAACCGCUUCAGCACCAGCAGCCUGCUGCUCCGUGUCAGGCGGAAGCGCGGGCGCCAGAGGGACGCCCAGCCCGAGGGCGCGUUCCACAUGGAGGUGCUGGGCACCGUCUCCACCAUCUACAAGUUUCAAGGCAUGUCUGACUUCCAGUACCUGGCCGUGCACCUGGGCCCGGGCGGGACGCUGCUGUCGCUGUACGACAAGGUGCUGCUGGGGAGGCCGGAGCAGGAGGCCUUCUUCCACCAGGACCUGCCGCUCUUCGUGCCCCCGCCCAUCUUCUCGCGCCUCGACACCCCCGUGGACUACUUCUACCGGCCCGAGACGCAGCACCGGGAGGGCUACAACAACCCCACCGUCUCCUGCGAGAACCUGAUUGGCCUGAGCCGGGCCCGGCGCCCCCACAACGCCAUCUUUGUCAACUUUGAGGACCCCGAGGUGCCCGCGCAGCCCCUGGAGGCCGCGGUGCACACCUGGAGGCGGGUGUGCGCCAACCCCGUGGACAGGGAGGCCGAGGAGGAGCUGCGGAAGCUGUUUGACGUCCGUCCCGUGUGGUCUCGAAACGCCGUCAAGGCCAACCUCAACAUCCACCCCGACAAGCUCAAGGUCCUGCUGCCCUUCCUGGCCUAUUACAUGAUAACCGGGCCCUGGAGGAGCCUGUGGAUUCGCUUCGGGUACGACCCCCGGAAGGACCCCACCGCCAAGAUGUACCAGGUCCUGGACUUCCGGAUCCGGUGCGGCAUGAAAUACGGCUACACCCCCAGCGAGCUGCCGGUGAAGGCCAAGCGCAGCACGUGCAACUACAGCCUCCCCAUCACCGUCAGGAAGGCAGCCAGCCAGCUGGUCACCGUGCAGGACCUGAAGCAGGGCCUGGGCCCCUCGGGAGCCGCCAGUGCCCGAAAGUCCGCCUCCAGCAAGUACAAGCUCAAGGACUCCGUGUACAUCUUCCGGGACGGGGCCCUGCCGCCGUAUCGACAGAUGUUCUACCAGCUGUGCGACCUCAACGUGGAGGAGCUGCAGAAGAUCAUCCGGCGCAAUGACGGCGCGGAGACGAGCUGCACGGAGCGGGACGGCUGGUGCCUCCCCAAGACGGGUGACGACCUGCGGGAUGCCAUGUCCCUCAUGAUCCGCCAGACCAUCCGCGCCAAGAGGCCGGCCCUGUUCUCCAGCCCGGCCAAAGCGGACGGCGGCCAGGACCAGCCGGCCUACGAGUGCGGGGAGGACGGGGAGGACGGGGAGGACGAGGAGGACGAGGAGGAGGACUUCAAGCCGUCGGACGCGAGUGACAACGAGAUGGAGACGGAGUUGCUGGACUACGUGUGACCUGCUCGGGGGCCCUGCUGACGGGGUCCUCGGGACAGGCCGCGCCCGCCCGCCGCCUGCCCCCCGCCCUGCUGGGCCGGGCCGGUGGCCUCCAGUGGCGCGGUGGCACCAGGCCCCCAUGUCUGAGCGCCUGGGUGGGCAGUGGGGAGCUGGGCCCAGGUGCACGGCCACCCCCUUGGGGCAGUUUGGGCCCCAGCCCGGCCCUGCAGACGUCCCCCGUUAAUUUUUGCCCCGGAGCCCUGGUGUUGGGGGGUGGUCGGGGCGCUGGCCCGGCAGCCCCCUCAUGACUGCCUUCCAUCCUUGUCAGUGGCCUCUUUCAGGGGGGGGGUCACACCUCACCUGGUGAUGCUUAGGGGUGACUCCUGACCUCGCAGGAAUUACUCCUGGCGGUGCUCGAGGAACCAUGUGGGAUGCGGGGGGUUGAACCCACGUCAGCAUGUGCAAGGCAACCGCCGUCCCCAGUGUCCUAUCGCCCUUCAGUGUCCUCUUGUGGGCAGCACGAGGGCCCCAAGGACCCUGGCGGGUGGGAGGGAGCAACAGGAAUUGCCCUGCGUCCUCACGGGGCCCUGGGAGCCAGGCAGCAGGGGCGGGGGCUGCGGGGUGCACAGGCAGCCGCCCCGAGGGGCAUCUCUCCAGUCUCAGCCCCCCAGUGGGGCCCCGCGUUCAGUCAGCCGCAUGUGCGUGGCUGGGGCAGGGGGCCCCCCAGCGCCCCACCAAGGCUGCCCUGUCCUCCCCGGAGCCCCCGGGCCCGGCGGAGCUGGGGUGCAUUCCCACCUGCCCGCCCCAGGGCUGACCCCGCAGAGGUGUGUCCCCAGGGGUGAGGUCCCUGGUGCCUCUGCUUCGCCGGACAUGCCCGCAGCCGCCUGGCCCACAGUGCCCAGGGUCAGGCGAGGGCUGAGGAGUUGUGGGGCUCCCUUGCCGCCCAGCCCAAGUCCCCCCGGGCUCUGCCCCCUGGGCUUGAUCGGCCCACCUCAGCCCUGGGGUUCAGUUGGGCCAGCCCAGCCACGCCUGGGGACUUUGGUCCAGGCCCCCGCGGGGGAAGCAGGUGCCAUCCCCGUUGUGUUCUCCGGCCCUACGUUUUCUUUGGCUGUACAAAAUUUCUUUUUUCUUUUUUUUUUAAUUUUACUGAAUCACCGUGAGAUAGUUACAUGCUUUCAUGUGUGGGUUACAGUCUCACAGUGAUCAAACACCCAUCCCCCCACCAGCGCACAUUCCCCACCUCCAAUAUCCCUGGUGUACGCCCCCUUUCCCACCCUCCCCCUGCCUCCAUGGCCGACAAUAUUCCCCGUGUUCUCUCUACUUUUGGGCAGUAUGGCUUGCAGCAGACACUGACAGGUCCUCAUGUUUGGUCCAAUAUCUAUUUUCGGCACACAUCUCCCAUCCCGACUGUACAAAAAUUUUUCAAUGCAAUAUUGUUCCAACUGUGUGUUACUUGGUUGUGCUCCCCUGGCAGUGCUCGGGCUAUUUCUGGCUCUCUGCUCAGGGCUCACUUGUGGUGCUCAGCUCCAGGGAGCUCACGGGGUCUGCAGCGUGCGGGGCAAAUGCCCACCCCUUGCACUGUUGCCUUGGGCUCCCUGCGUCUCGGAUGCUGAAUCACGGAGGUCCGUCCAUCCGUCCCAUCGUCUGGAGUCUGUCAGGCCUGCUGUGCACAGAGUCCGUGAGGAGCUGGAAUGGUCGCUUCCCGCCUGCGCUGGGUGGGGGUGGGGCCACCCCCCUCCAAGUCUGGGGCUUUCUCCCCAGUGGCCGCGACAGCCCCCGUUGCAGUUAGCGUCUGUGUCCAGGUUCGUUUCUGCUCCCGUUGGUACGCUGUCAAUCUGUAUGUCUUUAUUUUGGAAUUCUGGGGGUUCUUUUUGUUCCAUUGUUUAUAAUAAACAGUUUUAGUGACCAUU